AUGACUAUACCCACCCCACCCCCUCAAAUUCAAUAUUACCAACACCCCCAAUCUCAAUCUCAACCCCAACAGCAAUCUCAGGAAAAUGAAAAAAAGUCAACAGAAUAUUUAGAAAGUAUUGCUAUGAGAUUAGGAUAUUCAGACAGUGCAUUUCGAAAUCCCGAUGCUUUAGAAAAUUUUAUCGAAGAUGAGUUAUACUCAAGAUUAGGACAUGCAAAUUAUCAUAUUAAAAAAGAGUCUUUUGGUCAAGUUAGAGAGGUUAAUACCAGAGUGAUUACCAGAGCUAGUACUUUGGGUGCUAAAAAAGUAUAUGCUACAAAUAAGCUGACAAAGAAACCUGCAAAAAAGCCUACUAAAGUUACUAAAGUUAUAUACAAAUGCUCAAAUUGCGGAAAAAUUGGACAUAGAAAAAAUAUGUGUCCUGGAGGUACGAAAUCCAAGAAGGUUAAUUAUACUUAUCAGAGUGAACCAGAAAAUUCAGAUGAUGAGGAGGUGGUGAUAUUGGAAGAUGACGAAAGCGAAGACGAAGAGGAGGUGAAAGAAGAAAUCACCUCUGAUAAUGAAUCGCAAUCCUGUUUCAAUGUAAAAAAAAGUCAGAUUCCUGUAAAGAAGAAGUCUUCUAUUAAGAAAAAAUCGAUUGUUACUCUGGAGCAGGAAGUAUUUCUUGAAUCUCUUAAACAUAUGAUAUCCGAAUUAAUAUCUCAUUGUCCUAAAGAGAUUCUCAUUGAAGUUCGUACAUUUCUUAAUAGCCUGUUUAUAAAAAUGAAGGAUCAAUUCGAUUUACAUUAUGGUGAAAAGUAUACAGUUAAAGAAAGAAAUAAGGGUUCAGAUUCUUCAGAUCUUAUACCUCCUUCAGAAAAACUUAGCUAUAACAAAGAUACUGAAUAUCACUCUUUAAAUCACGCCAUUAAAGUAUAUCAAGGAGCACAAAUAAGACGAAAUUGGCCUAAUCUCUUUGAGAUUGAUUUUCUCAAUAUAAGUGAACCUAAUAAUGUAGCGACAAUUUCUUGUAGAAUAGAUGACUUGAUAAUACCUCAUGCAAUUCUAGAUACUGGCGCAGAUUCUUCAAUGUUUACUGAUAACAUUCCAGAGUAUUUAGAAAUAAAAAUAGAUAAGAAAAAUGUUCACAAACUUACUGGUGCGGUUGAAGAUUCUCAGUCUGUUGGUACUUCAUAUAAUAUUCCUAUAACUAUUGGUAGUGGAGAAGAUUCUAUAACAGUUUAUGAAGAUAUAUCUGUAAUUCCUACAAAAAAAGAUCGAAAUGGAAAUGAUAUAUCUAUAAUGAUACUUGGUACCAAAUGGCAAUAUCGUGCCGGAUGGGAUCCUAUAGUAAAAGGUGAAUUUACCGCUACAUACAAUGGAAAGACUAUUACAAUUCCACUUUCUACUCAAAAAAAACGACUCAUAAAAACUGAAAAGUGGCUUGAUAUGGCCUUAAACGCAGGUAAAGUUCUUGCAGAAAGAUAUUCCCAACUUACUGAGAUAAUGAUGGAUUUAUAG